AUGACAAUAUCUGAAGAGCAGACAAUUACAACGACGAGGAUGCCUGAUCUGGAAAAACUGGGAAGAGAGCGUCCUCAAUUUUUUUCAGGGCCCUGGUCUGAGUUGGCUUUUUGUUUUUCGAUAGUAAUGUCCCAAAUCCUAGCAGAAUUUUAUAUCUCGGGGAUCAAUGUUCUGCUCCCAACUCUCGUGAAAGAACUACAUAUAUCUUCAGCCUCCACAAUAUGGCCCACCACCGCCCUCUCUCUCGCUCUGACCUCAACGCUCCUCAUAUUCGGCCGCUUGAUCGACAUGUACGGUGGCUAUGUCAUCUACAACGCAGGUGCCAUCUGGCUAAUCAUAUCUUCGAUAUUCUGCGGCGUGUCUCAGACAUGGCCGAUGCUUAUUGUCUGUCGAGCCCUGCAAGGGUUAGCUCUCGGAGCUCUCCUCCCAUCCGGACUGAUGAUUCUAGGAAGUACAUACCGCCCAGGUCCGCGGAAGAACCUGGUGUUCAGCGUAUACGGCGCAUGUGCCACGUUGGGCUUCUUCGCCGGGUUUUUUGUCUCAGGGAUAUGUGGUCAGUACUUAAGUUGGAGAUGGUAUUUCUUCAUUGGUGCAAUCUUGUCGAUGAUGAUGGCGGCCUCGUCACUCCUCUUUAUCCAUAGUGAUUAUACCGAGAAACGAGAGCUUGGGAUACAGAUGGACUGGUUUGGAUUCUGCUUAUCCAUCUCAGGAGCGACGCUCUUUGUCUUCGCUAUUGCGGAUAGCUCGUACGCCCCGCAGGGUUGGAAAUCUCCGUAUAUUCCUGUUAUUUUUACGAUUGGUGUCACCUUGCUGGGUAUCAUGGCAUAUAUUGAAGGAUGGGUGAUUAAAAAUCCUCUGCUUCCUGGUGAAAUAUUCCGAGUCAGAUUCAUGACGCCUUUGAUACUGGCAUUGCUGUGUCUUUACGGAAGCCUAGGCAUUUUCUUUCUAUAUGGGGUGCUGUACAUGUCAGCUUUCAUGGGUACCACCCCUCUCCAGGUCGUCGCCUGGACCGUCCCCAUGGCAGUCGGCGGCCUCAUUCUCUCAAUGACAGGAGGCUUCAUUCUGCACAAAUUAUCAGGCACAAUAUUGAUGAUUAUCUCCUGUCUUGGAUACGUCGGCUCGGGGCUAUUAUUUGCUAUCAUCCCCCUCGGCGGAAAUUACUGGGCCUAUGUGUUCCCAGCAAUGAUCUGCGGUACCAUCGCCAUCGACAUCAGUUUUAAUCUUGCGAACAUAUUCAUUACGACUAGCAUGCCAAAGGCGAAGCAGGGUCUGGCUGGUGCGCUGAUUAAUUGUACCAUGCAUAUGGGAGUUACGGUUAUGCUGGGGUUGGCGGACAUUGUUGAAACGCAGACGAAGUAUCUCGGUAAAUGGAAGAGCUAUAAGGCGGUGUUUGUGUUUCAGACAGGAAUUUGUAUUCUCGGUCUUUUGAUCGUUUUGGGAUUUGUGAGGAUCCGUCAUGCCGAAAGUGAAUUGACGGCGGACGAGAAGGAGGACUUAGAGGGAGAUAACCUGACCACAGGACAUCCUGAGGCGGUUUGA